AUGGCUGGGAUCACCACCAGCUGCGCAUCCAAAGCUAUGCUAUCCCGAACCACAUAUAAAACGACGCCGUCUCCAUUCUCACUCUCACUCUCCUCCGUGGAGUCCAAACUCUUCGGCCUUCGUUUUAAUAACUCCUCCAGCUGUUUUAGCUGUCUCUCCUCAACUGUCAGCAGCCCAAUAACCGCCCGUUUCGGCGGCGGCCCGCGUUUUCCCGGCAAUGACCCCAGGCGCUCACGGAAAAGCGACUCCGAUGAGGACGAGGCCCUUGAUAUCUCCUCUAUCAGGUCAGAUACCGUGAGGCUAAUUGAUGCGAAGCAGAACAUGGUUGGAGUGGUCUCUAAAAGGGAGGCUAUUCGACUGGCUGACGAUGCUGAUCUUGAUUUGGUAAUAUUAUCUCCAGAAGCAGAUCCUCCAGUUCUCAGGAUAAUGGAUUACAAUAAAUAUAGGUAUGAACAACAGAAGAAGAAAAGAGGCCAGCAGAAGAAAAGUGCAGCAAGCCGCAUGGAUUUGAAGGAGCUCAAAAUGGGUUACAACAUUGACCAACAUGAUUACUCUGUGCGUUUGAGAGCUGCCCAGAAGUUUUUGAAAGAUGGUGAUAAGGUCAAGGUUAUUGUCCACUUGAAAGGCCGUGAAAAUGAUUUCCGAAAUAUUGCUAUUGCACUUAUCAAACGCUUCCAGAAUGAUGUUGGGGAGCUGGCAACAGAGGAAGCCAAAAGCUUCAGCGACAAGAACAUGUUUAUAGUUUUAGUUCCCAACAAGGCUAUUCUACAGAAAGCUCAAGAACCGCCGCCAAAGAAGAAAGAAAACUCUGCACCUGCAGUGAAUGAAAUAUCAGCUGGUGUCUGA